CAUCAACUCCCGUCAAUAUAGUUUGGGACCAAGCAAAACAUUUUCAGACUUCCUGGACCUGGGCUCUAUCAAUUUAUAAAACAAUUUUGGGAUUGCCUUUGUGGACCCGUUCAUUCAUAACUCAGGCGCCAAGUUCUUAGGGAAACGCCAUGGAAGCUAAAACUUGUGUUGUGUUGCUGGCUCUAGUGGCGGCCGCCGCAGUGGCUGACGCCCAGAGAAACGGCAGGAAUCGUGGCGGUAGACCACGUGGUCCACCUCAACUUCCGGACGGUGACGUCUACAGCUGGGCCAGGAAUGUGAGUGGCAGCAGCGUGGACGAGAGCGCAUUUGUUCCAACAGGUUCCAACUUGAUCAUCAUGAGGUCGUUUGAUGAAGGCUUGAGGGGUUUGAACCUGAGCCGGGCCAGCAUUCUGUACGACUUCUCUACACCCAAUCCAUUGGUAGCUAUUGGAAGCUUUGGCCCAUGCUUCAUCACAAACACAAACUUGACCUACCAGGAAGUAAUUGAUGAGCUGGAUGCCAGAAACGGCUCGUCUGCUUCCACCACAUCAGAGAUCCGACUUGACGGCACCUCACUCCCCCUGCCGCUUGAGCAGGUGCGACCACUCUAUGACAACUACCCAUCCCUGAGACGUGCUUGCAGAGAUGGCAGAGUUAUCAUGACCACACCAGACGUCGGUAACGCUGUUCCAUUUGAGACUGAAGACUUGACCAUCUUGGUGGUGGACGGAACUGUGGCCAUCAGAAUUCCCAAGCGUAUCCCACGUGCCCCCCGCCCUAUCGGAGGCUUCACCAACCCAAGCCAAAGUAGAUUCGGACCUCGUGGGCAAGGACGCAGACCAGGUCAAGAUCUAUUCACCACCGGCACCCAGACGCCCUCCCAGGAAACAACAUCUACGUCAACCACCACCACAACCACCACCGCCAAACCACUUUCCGUCGUUUAAACUGUUUUCUGCCAACCAGUUCACAAUAUAUAAUAAAAAGAAAAACUUUUUUCCCCCAAAUAACUCAGUAUGUCGUAAAGUAAACACCAUUAUUCAAAGUCCUGUAUAACUGCUUAUUAAAAUGCGUAAAACAGAAAAUGUUUACGACAUUAAUAUAGUGUAAAAAAUGUAAAAAUUUUGUUCGUUGAAGAAGAUUGCUGGUAUAAUGAAUAAAAGUCAUAUACUCUCAUUUAAAAGCACAGCACAAAGGCCUAUCGUUAUAUUUCAGUUAUACAGACUGAAAAAGUACUAAAUACCCAACUAUGUUGUAUUUGUAUGUUUCAUGUUAUUUCCUUUGUAGCGACAUCAAGAAUAAUAAACAAAAAAAUACAUCUUAAUAAUCCUAAUAAUGUUCUUAUGCGUAAAUUAAUACAUCGUUAAUGUAUGUCGAUUACAUCCUGCUUUAAGUUGAACAUGAAAUCACUAAGAAACAAGACGAGAACAGCCAACGAGAGAAUAUAACAUUGACUGACUGGGUCCUGCGCAAUUUUUUUCCCACAAGAAAUUUGUUAAAUUAUUUUGUUGAUUCUUUUUUGUAAAUGUUUGUAUUUAACUCUUUGCACAAUGACAAAAUAUUUUGUGUUUUUAUUUGAUCAUGUUCUGUGUCAUUUUAUUAAAAACUGUAUCUCACUUA